AUUAUAUAUAAAAGUCCUAAUUAUAAAAUCUUAUUAGUUAUUAUAUUUUUACGACUGGAAAUGUGUUUUCAUAAAACCAACACCCUCUUUUAAAAAAACAUUUAAAAAGCGGAGGUCUCUUGUAAUCUUUUUAUUAUUCCUCAAAUGCCUCACGAGGACACGCCUCCUCUGCGUAAACCCGUGACGCCAUCCCGUCGCUCUCUCCGCGCCUCGUGAUUGGCUGUUGGGACACCAACUGCCGGGGUGAGAGAGGGGGCGGGGUGUUGCCGUGGGUUGGGGGAAACAGAAGAGUCGUGUCAAACAAACCGUCCUCUUCCUCGCGGGUCUCGCGCGCCUCUUCCUCCCGCCUCGGCUUCACCUCACACGGUCGCACGCGCCGGUCCCCCCCAGACGCCGCCAUGGGCUGCUUCUUCUCCAAGAAGUGCAAGUGGAAGUCCUCCGAGAGGGAGGAGCGCGCGCCCACCUCGACGACGGGGGAAACCGCGACGGCAACGGGCAACGCGGGUCCCCUUGGCAACAGCAGCGAGGAGGCGCCGAAGCAGUACAGCUGGGACACGAGGGAGAAGGUGGACCCUAAGGACUACAUGCUGUCAGGGCUGCGCGGCGUGACGGCGGGCCGGCUGCCCGGCGCGCUGCGCGGCCAGCAGUUCGUGAUCCAGGACUGCGAGGACUGCGACAUCUACGUGUUCGACCACUCGGCCGCCGUCACCGUGGACGACUGCUCGCGCUGCCGCGUGUUCCUCGGCCCGGCCCGCGGCAGCGUGUUCUUCCGCAACUGCCGCGACGUCAAGUGCGCGGUGGCGUGCCAGCAGUUCCGCACGCGGGACUGCAAGAAGAUGGAGGUGUUCCUGAGCUGCGCCACGCAGCCCGUCAUCGAGUCCUCGGCCGGCGUGAAGUUCGGCUGCUUCCAGUACUUCUACCCCGAGCUGGCCUUCCACUUCAAGGACGCCGGCCUGAGCGUCUUCAACAACAACUGGAGCAACGUGCACGACUUCACGCCGGUGGCCGGCGAGAACAACUGGAGCCUCCUGCCGGAGGGCGCGGCCGUGCUGGACUCGGUGCCCACGCCGGACCCCGGCUCCGAGUUCAAGGGGGUGCGCGUCUCCGCCGACCCUGAACGCAGCAUCGUGCCUCUGACCAAGGGCGGCCGGAGGAAGGCCAGCGAGGAGUCCUGCCUCUUCGUCUUCUUCGCCGGAGAAUACGCCACCGCCAACGCCCGCAAACUGAUCGACGAGACCUCGGCUCGGGGCUUUGUUCUGAUCCAGACCAAGGAGGUCUCCAUGAGGCCCGACGACGUGAGCCGGGUGUUCCAGACCAGUGCAGAGGACCUGGUGGACUGCGUCACUAAAGGAGCCGUCAUCGCUCUGGAGCUGAGUGGAGACGGCGUGGUGGAGGCCUGCAGGAGCAUCGCCAGAGACGUGUUCAGUGGCACGAAGGUCACGACCUCCUCUUUGAUCAACAACAACAACAACAACGACAACAAGCAGCCUCACACAGGAUGUCUUCCUUUGUUCCAGGUCUUCGUCUCCGAUAACAAGAACACUUCCUCCAGAGACAUCGACAGCUUCUUCAACUUCGCCGACAUGCAGAUGGGCCUGUGAGCGGCCGGGUUGCCCCUGAACGCCUCCUCCCUGUCCUGGUUGCCCCUGAACGCCUUCUCCCUGUCCUGUUGCCCCUGAACGCCUCCUCCCUGUCCUGUUGCCCCUGAACGCCUCCUCGCUGUCCUGGUUGCCCCUGAACGCCUCCUCCCUGUCCUGGUUGCACCUGAACGCCUCCUCGCUGUCCUGGUUGCCCCUGAACGCCUCCUCCCUGUCCUGGUUGCACCUGAACGCCUCCUCGCUGUCCUGGCUGCCCCUGAACACCUCAUCACACGAGCAGCCUGUUUUUAAAUUCGCCAAAAAAAGAAGUUACGCAAUGAUGAAUGUUCAGGACCAGGUCUUGAUGAAGAACCCCCCCCCCCACACACACACACACACACACACACAAUCAUAAUCAUCUAGCAUCGUCGCUGAGUGCUGUGAAUAUUUAUAUCUCUUAUGAAUGUACCUGGUUGCUUUAUGGAUUGUGAAUGUAGAUCUUUUGCUGUAAAUGUAAAAUUUCUUUUAAUAUAAAGUUUUUUUUUCUAAACUGUGUGUGUGUGUGUGUGUGUGUGCGCGCCAACUCAUUGAUCUUCAUUUUGUAAAACGUGUUUUAUACUCUGCUGAAUGUUCUAUAUAUGGACACAAAUUCAUGUUCUUUAUUAUUUUGUCUUUGGGGAAAAGUUUUAAUGAAGUCUUUGUGUUAAAAGGCUUUUCCACAAUAAUCCUUAGUUUAGUUUCUCUUAGCAGAAACUCAGAUUUAAAGGGCCAGUACCAUGUCCUGAGUGUGCUGGUGUGAUAGGGGAGCGGUCCCUUUAGGAGGGACUGGUGCUGAGCUGCUGAGAUGACUUCAUUAUCCCCCGUUAUGUUGCAUUGUGUACAUGUUUUGCUCUGUGUUUUAAGCAACAAGUGGAACCGAAUCUCAAAGUUGUUUUAGUUUAGCGAUGUUUCCCCUCAGAGGAAUAGACAGCGGGACGUCCUAUGAUGUACUUUUUGUAUUUGUACACUUUUUGUACUCGAGCACCGUUUUCUUGUCUGACUUCCUGUCCUCAGAAGACAGACGCAUUAAAGCUGGAGAACGCCGAGCAGCUCGUCAGGACUCUA